AUGCUGAGCCGUGUGUUCUCCGUCCUCGAUGCGAUGGAAGACUCCUUUCAAGAGGUGAUUACUGACCUUAAAGAGAUAUCAGGGCUCAAUGGCGAGGCCAAGGGGGAUAUGUUCCAAUGCCGCAUUCGCGAAGGUGCUUCAACACCGGCCCAUGUUGAGCAUGACGGAACCGUCGAACACCCUGACCAGAUGCACAAUCCAACGCCAGCUUCUGAAGUCUACCGAAGCAGUAGAGCUCGAGAAUGUGCCCCAUUACUGCUGGGUAGAUGUGAAGGAGACCGAAGAGUACGACGAGCCAUGGGAGAUAGAGCUCUCCACUCACCGGGCCCGAUAGUGACGACGACUAUGACUGCCGAGUUCCUUGACCACUUGGUCAGGUACGCUAGACGUGACUUAGCAGGGCAAGUAAAGAGAAUCGAGAAUGAAAGACGAGAUUCAACAGACCCUGCAUAUUCACAAGUAUAG